UUGCGGCGGUGGAUCUGUCACGAUGGGCGCGGAUAAGCCAAACGGCGUGGCAAACUACUGCCGGCGCCCUCCACAGAGACCCUUCCUUCAGCAAAUACAAUACGCGAUAUGGAAUCCAGAGGAGAGAACAUUCCUGGGCCGCACAGGGAAAAGAUGGGGAGUCAUCGGGCUGAUCUAUCUGGUGAUGUACAUCUGCAUCAUUAUUUUCUUCUCCAUCUGCAUGUGUGGUCUCCUGGCCACCAUGGAUGAACGGAUUCCGUACUUCACGCUAGCUGACUCUAUUAUAGGUGACAAUCCUGGCAUGGGACACAGACCGCUGGUGUUCGAGGAGGGCGCUCUGAUCUGGUAUAAGGCAGACAACGCCACGCAAGUCAAGAAAUAUGUGGACAAUAUCAACGCUUUUCUAGCACCUUAUGAGAACAAGUCCUUGUUAAUCAACGGGGGUGUGAACCAGCGCGAGUGUGGUGAGGUGAAGCCCCCAAGAAAAGAAGUGUGCGCGUUCAACACCUCGCUGUUGGGGCCCUGCUCCAAGGAGAACAAUUAUGGAUACUCCACCAAGACGCCGUGUAUCAUCAUCAAGUUGAAUAGGUUAUUCGACUGGAACCCGGACUACUACGAUGACCCUGGGGACCUGCCUCCUAACAUACCUCCAGAUAUCACGGCGUACAUCAACUCUACCACCACAGUACAGCAACGUCGUAAAGUGUGGGUGUCGUGCAUGGGCGAGCGUCCGGCUGACAUUGACGCUUUGGGUCCUUUGAAGUACUGGCCUUACCCUGGCCUGCCAGAGACAUUCUUCCCAUACGACAACACGCCAGGUUACCUCAGUCCCCUGGUGGCAGUGCAGCUUCUCAAACCAACUUUGCACCAGAUUAUAAACAUUCGAUGCCGCGCCUGGGCCCGCAACGUUAAAUACACGGAGAGUUUGAAGGAGAGGCUGGGCUCCACACAUCUCGAGAUUAUGAUCGACUGAUGGGACCAAAUGAUGACACAUAUCUUAUUAGUUUAAACUUUCUAUGUGAUUAUUAGUCAAAUUUUUUUAUAGGUUAUUAAUUAUACACUAAAGAUCUUGCCCAGUGGCGUGCCUUGGGAGAGGCGUACGUCCAGCAGUAGAAUAGAAUAGAAUAGAAAUCAUUUAUUCAAAUAAACUUAAUUUAAGCAGUUUUGAAUAGUCAACAUUUUUUUAAAUCUACCGCUUAUUCGAAAAACUGUCUCAUCACAAGAAGAAUAAGCAAGAAACUUGUGUGUUGCUCUUUUAAACAAUCCUUGUAAGUUCACAUUUUACAAGUCGAAACGUGUGAAUACGAACUACCGACCAGCACUAAUUUAUUUAGGCUCAAAUAUGUGUACUGCAAUGGGCUGAUGAUGAUGA